AUGUGCCAAAAGAUUUGUUCCGCCAAUAAGCACCCGCUCUCUCGAGCUCGCAAGACCCAGGCCUUCUUCUCGGUUAUUUCAUGGCCAUGCGCACUUGCUGCCGUUCCUAUAACUGGUGGCAGUGUUCAAACAUGGAUUCAACUCGUAGUGAUCUCCAUUUCCGUCAUCACGCCUGGGUUCAUUCUCUUCAGAUAUCGCAAAUCCAAAAGUCAAUCUUAUUCGGCCCUUGAAAUCGCUAUUGAUUUCUUGAUGACCUUGCUCCUGGUCGGGGUAUACAUCUCCGGAAUUAUCAUUCUUGCUACCCAAGAGAUCAGCGAAUGGUCAUAUCCCUGGAACUACAAGCUUUCCCGCGGUAUCCCACAGAUCUACUCCAACCUCUCAUGUAUCCUCCUCGCUCCUUUAUAUCUGCGCUCCUUUGUCAAAGGCUACUUCCAUCGAUUUGUUGAGCCUAUGCUCAAGGCCCGACAUGUUAGUUACAGCCUUUGCCCAACCUGUGACCGAUCUGUGGAUGCUACCAUGACCCGGGAUCAGGACACGACCGUGGCCACGGGGCAGGGAAGACCUUCUGUCUCGAAUUAUAGUAUCCGAGGCGUGUAUACAGAUGAUGUUGAGUCCCAGCUGUUGCUAGCUGAGAGCUCUUCGGGCGUGGAGGGUAAGCAGACUACUGGUGUUGUAACCAACAACUAA